AUGACCAGAAACGGGCUUGAAACAUUCACCAUCAACAUAGAGGUCACGAAAAACACUGCAAUAUUCUGUCGCGAUGAGACCACGACUCACGAGUUUAUUGGACCAGAUGAGUUCAAAGGCUAUGGCCGUGAAUUCGAAAAGGUAUACACAACUAGGCAGAUCGGCGCGAGUACUGGACAUCACAGGAUUAUUACAUACCGCUUCGGUGGCCUGAACUGCAUCGUCCGCCAUGAAACGGACGGAUAUGUCGACACUGAUGCAAGGAUACCCUCGUCUGAUGCCAAAGGUCCAGAGAGUGACAGUCUCUCAAGUAUGCUGGGAUCUUUGACUCUAUCCUCGACCAACGGGCCGCCUAUUACCACUUCUGGGUCCAAAUUGACAAUUAAAAAAGAAGGUCAAAUGAUAUCGCUCAAAUCAACCUAA